UAAUUUUGAGAAAUAGUAUGUAGAAUGAGUGGGUCUUCUUAUUCUAAUGCUAUCCUUUGUUGGUACUGUCUUGGGCAUCUUUCACCUUCAUAUAAUUGAGCUGCACUGGCGAAAGACUGGGAUUUGUUUGGCAUGCCUUCAACCCAUUGAAAUACUCUGGUGAGAGAGCCUGUGGAGAGGAUCUUAAAUUCCGCAGGUUGGGUGUAUGGAGAUGGUUUUGUAGGUAUAACUAAGCACAUAUGCCCUGUUAUGACAGAAGAGGAGCGUCUUCCCUCAGGCUGCAGUUUCUAGCAAAAGAAUUGAGCUGCUAGCAGAUCUCCGAUCAUUCAUCCCACAACAACACACCGCAGAGGGCCAAUGGGGAGAUACAUGAAUCAGUAUGACAAAGAGUACUUGAAGAUGGCCAUCAUGAAGCAGGAAGCCACCUUCAGACAACAGGUGCAUGAACUCCACCAUUUGUACCAUGUUCAGCAGCUGCUGAUGAGGGAGAUGAACAACACCAACAAGACGGAUGCACAUAACCGGACACCUGAUCUGAAGCUGCCGGCAGGGGAAUUCAGUGGGAAGAAAGAUAGAAACGUGAGUACGACGGUGGAGGCUUACCGAGAGAGCGACUUGGAGCUGACGCUUGCAACUGGAAGCAGCGCCCGAGGAAAAAGGAAAGAGACAUCAUCGACUUCAGAUUCUGGAUCAAGCUUUUCUUCAUCCUCGACGCAGUCUGGUGGUACCAAACGAAGCAGCAACGGAUCUGGGCAGUGUCAGGUCCGGGAUAUGAGAUUCCAACAUGGGAUCGAGGAACGAAUGAGGGAGGAUGGGAUAAAGCAGCCUCCUUGGUUCUCUCGAUGCUUGAGCCUCAACAUGGCAUGACUGCCUCUGUGAAUUGUAAUGAGAUGUAAUUGUAGUUAUCGGAAGACAACCAAUUUAGAUGAGCAGAGAACUCGUAUAAGAAGGAAAGGCAAACAACCUUGCGCAGCUUAAACUAACACAUACUUGAAGCAAGUUGGUACUUUUUGGUAGUCA